ACAUCAAUCAUGGCCGAACCACCUAAUGUUUCCGACCUCACCAAAGACGAUGAGAAAGACUGUCAAGCACCCGAGGCUACUCUUCGCAGACUAAUCACCAUCAGUCAAGAGUUCACCGAAGAUCUUGGUCUUGAAGCUAUCCGCGAGAUCGAGGUGUCAGACGAUGGAUUAGUCUCCAAUCAUUCUAACAUUCUAAGACGUNUGUGGCCGGAUCUCAAAGCAGACCGCUUCGCUUCUCAGGAUGUCCUUGACCUGGCCAAUGCUCUUCGUAGUGGUAAGAUCGAUCUGGAAUACAGAUUGCUGCGCGCCUUCUUGGUCGCUUGGAAAGACAAGAUCAAGAAUCGAGACGAUGCCUCAUCCAAGGAGUUGACUGAUCUGGCCGCAUCUCUAUGUGUUUGGACUUCUCGCCAGAUUGGUCCCGUCGAAGAACAAAGCGAGGCCGUCAAUGUUGUCGCAGAUGACGCACGCAAAGCUCCGGAGGCUGAUAGUGCUACAAGAGUAAGAACAUUCCUCUCGAAGUGCGAUUGCGUUGUGUAG